AUGGAGCAGGAGAACCUCACCAGCACAAUGAAAGAAUUUGUCUUUGUAGGCCUCUCUCAGAGUCCUGAGCUGCAACAUCCACUUUUCCUAGUCUUCCUCAUAGUCUAUGUGACAACCUGGCUUGGCAAUGUCACCAUCAUUCUCACGGUGAUCUCUGACCCUCACCUCCACAUACCUAUGUACUUCCUGCUGGCUAACUUGGCUUUCCUGGACCUCAGUGAGUCCUCAGUGACUGCCCCCAAGAUGCUAAGGGAUUUCUUAACCCCACACAAAACCAUCUCAUUCAAUGGGUGCCUGACCCAGAUGUUUUUCUUCCACUUUAUAGGAGGCACUGUGGUCUUCUUCCUCAUAGUGAUGGCGAUUGAUCGUUAUGUGGCUAUACAUAAACCAUUACAGUAUUUGACCAUCAUGAGCCGAGGUGUGUGCAUGGGGAUGGUGGCUGGGGCAUGGCUGGGUGGCUUUGUGCAUUCUGUUGUCCAGAUUGCACUGAUCAUCCAGUUGCCCUUCUGUGGACCCAACAUUUUGGACAAUUUCUACUGUGAAGUCCCACAGGUUGUCAAAUUGGCCUGCACAGAAACUUAUAUAAUAGACAUGCUGAUAGUCUCCAACAAUGGGCUGGUUGGUACAGGGGCCUUCUUCAUAUUGCUUACAUCAUACAUGAUCAUCUUAUUCAAGAUAAGGACACAUGUCAUGGAAGGAAAGCACAAAGCCCUUUCUACUUGUGCUGCCCAGAUGACAGUGGUGACAUUGCAUUUUGGACCCUGUAUCUUCAUUUAUGACAGGCCUUAUGAGAAGUUUGCAGCAGACAAGGCAAUUUCUGUGCUGUACACAGUGGUCACCCCAAUGCUGAACCCAAUGAUCUAUACAUUGAGGAACGCUGACAUGAAAAACGCCAUUGGGCGGUUACUGGGAAAGGUUCUGUUUUCUGUAAAUAAAUCAAAACAUUAA